AUGGGCAAGAAAGAAGCUCAAGAUUCGUGCUCCCGCCAGUGUGGGAAGAUGCUGGGCAAGUGCUCUUGCCAGGUGACCUGCAAGUCCCUGGGGGAUUGCUGUCCUGAUUACAGGGAAUUUUGUCUGCAAAUCUCUCCAUACUCAGGGUCCCUGAUGGGAGGCAAAGACUUUGAGAUUUUGAAUGUUACUUUCAAUGCCUCCUCUGAUGUGAGAUGCAGGUUCAAGCAGGAGAUUCAGAUCAGUGGCUAUGUUGCUCAGGAUGGUCAAGCCCACUGCAUCUCACCAUUGCUGUAUGAGACUGGCUUCAUUCCCUUUGAGGUUUCCAGAGACAAUGGCCUCACAUUUCCCUAUUCAGGAAACUGGUUAUCAGUACAUCACAGCAAGGUGUCAGCUGUGGAAAAAUGCACACUUGUGAAUGCCACAAAAUGGCAGUACUAUGGCACACCGAACACAGGAGGAACCCUGACUGUCACCUGGAUGAACCAGACGCUGCCAACAAGACGCGUCAAUAUAGAAGUCUGGGGGUACCAGGAAACAGGUCAGACAUACUCAGAGACCUGGAUGGCUGAAUGGAAAUACCUUUACACUCUUGGAAGGGAAAAACCCAACAGUGGAACAUUUACCUUCACACCUGUACCUGCUCAAGCAAAUUACAGUAGCUGGGAGGUUGGGGCUUUGAGAAUCAGUCCCAGCAGGUAUUCUGAUGGACAGAGCAACAUUCCUGCACUCUGGAGCUCAGAGCAUGCCCUGGCCUGGCACCUUGGAGAAGACUUCAGGAAGGAUGCAACUGCCUGGGCGACAGACAAGUGUCUAAAGUGGGACCUGGAAGAGGAAAGACUCCCUAACUUCCUGGAGGAGGUAGCAGAUUGCCCCUGCACGCUGGCACAGGCAAGGGCUGACACCGGCAGGUUCCACACGGACUACGGGUGUGACAUUGAAAAGGGAAGCGAAUGCACUUACCAUCCUGGAGCUGUGCACUGUGUACGGGGAAUUCAGGCCAGCCCCCAGUACGCAUCUGGGCAGCAGUGCUGCUAUGACUCCACGGGUACCCAAGUCCUCACAGGGGACUCCACAGGGGGCAGCACACCUGAUCGAGGCCAUGACUGGGGUUCUCCACCUUUCAAAAGGCCUCCCAGGAUUCCUGGGCUUUCCCAUUGGCUUUACGAUGUCAUCAGCUUCUAUUACUGCUGCCUGUGGUCUGGCAACUGCCACUUGUACAUGAAGCGCCGGCCCUCCAGCGACUGCAGGACUUACCGCCCCCCUCGAGCUGCAUCUGCCUUUGGGGACCCACACUUCCUCACAUUCGAUGGGCUGAACUUCACAUUCAAGGGCCAUGGUGAAUACACACUGGUGGAGUCCAAUCUGACGUCUCUAAGAGUACAAGGGAGGACCCAGCCUACCAGACUUCCUAACAGUAAGUUGGUGAGACAGACAGCAGUGCUGACAAAGGCAAUUCUUGGGUUAGACGGGGGAACUUUUCUGUGGCCAGUAUAUAAUGGGGUGGUUGUUGCAGACAGUCAUACGUGUGCCAUCUCUCUCUCUGUUCCAGGCCUCUUUCUCUAUUCUGCAGCUGGUCAGAAUGUCACAGUGAUGUUCUCCUCAGGGGCAGGGGUAGAAGUGACAGCCAGAGGAGGUUUCUUAAGCCCAACAGUCCUGCUGCCAGAAAAAUUCAUGAACCAGACCCGGGGCCUCUUGGGGGUAAUGAACGACAACCCAGGGGACGAGUACACCUUCAGAAAUGGGACAACCAUGCCGCUUGAUGCCAGUCCACAGCAGCUGUUUGCAUUUGGAGCUGACUGGGCUGUUGGCAAUGAAACUUCUCUCUUUACUUAUGAUACCCAGUUCUUACUGAACACCUUCUUCUAUGGGCCAAAGCACAACUCUUCCUUCCUACCGAUCAGGGCAGCACCAGGACAGAGGACACAGCAUCCAUUAUCACUGCAGCUCCCCGCCACCAUUCAGGAUGUAGGGACCCCUGAAGAUCUGGAGCAGCUCUCUCUUCCCUUAGUGGUCUCUUGCGGCUGGCUGGAUCACCCUACCAAGGGCAGAAAGGAAGGGACAAACUACCUGAUGGGCUCAACUAUCCGCUUCAGCUGUGAUCAAGGGUACAGCCUGGCUGGGUCAGAAGAAAGAACCUGCCAGUUGACGGGGGCCUGGUCAGGGAAUGCAGCCAGCUGUUUGCCAAGCACAGAUAACCACCAAGCAAUUCUCUUUGGCUCUAUAUUCGGAGUUCUAGGCUUUCUAAUCUUGGCAGUUCUAAUUUUCCUGUUGUACAGAAAAAGGAAGAGAGCGAACCGGAGCCCAAAUGCCCCCGAAUCAGUUCCAGGCGAGAAAGAACUGAUGCCCGUCAGAGGGACGCAUUUGUGAGCAGCGCAGCCGGGAGUGGGAGGCCACGAGCCGCCGCCGCCUGGAACAGGUGUACCCGGCCGCUUCGGGCCUCUGCCUUCCUGCCCCGCCGCGGCCUGCGCAACCAGGCUGAAGCUGCUUCCCGAGUCCCGGUCCCCGAUUCCUUUUUCACAGCUAGUCUUUAGCCAGUGAACGGCUGCUAGCAAUGACAGAUGUGGGAAGAGCCCGAGGUGCACCCGAACGGCGUUUCCUGACUCGCCUGGAGCAGGGCCUGGCCCGGACCCCGAGCGCGGCCCCA